AUGAUCGUUCCUCGCGACUAGCUUGGUCUUAUUUAAGAUGGCAGCCCUGUGUUGAGAAGUAACGCGGUUAUUACAUGUCAACAUGUCACUCCUCAGACUGUGUGCCUUUGCCAAAUGUCUGAAUCGUCGCAGUUUAUUUGAACAAUGUGCAGUUCGCCUGUCUCGUGCGGACCGCUGUGUGCUGUGUGUGUCGCUAAGAGACGGGGCAGUCAGACGAAUAUCAGAGACACCAUGGCAACUUCAAAGAAAAAAUAUUUCCUUUGUCCCAAAGAGAGAAGAUGCAAAGAAACAUGAACUGAAACAGUCUCUGUUACAUGUGCUUGAAGCAAGGAUCCAACAACUCCAAUCCGACACAGUUUUAGAUGUCCAGCAUACGAAGGUGCAUUUUCUUAAAGACCCGUCUUCUGGAAAUAAGGUCUUAUCUGAUAUAGCUCCCAAAAGCACACCCAAGAAAGAAAACGUCAUUCCUAAAUCAGAACAGACUGGUGCUGAAGAGGCUUCUAAAUCUAAGCCAAGGAGAUGGAUGGAAAAAUUAAAGCAGGAGGAGAAGAAAAAAUUGCAAUAUUUAAAGAAAGAGACAGUACAAUCUAAAGGAAGUAACAGCAGCUCAUCACUCCCUAGUACAUCACUGAAAACUAUAUCUACUGCUGCUGGUGCUGCUGCGGGGACAGCUGAAAAUCCGACACCACAGCAGACUGUUGCUGAUGCUAAGGUCAGCUCUAAAACUGAACUGGUGGAGAUAAAACAGAUGGAGAGGCUCAGUCAACUAAUAAGCCAGUUGAGGUAUUCGAGUAACCUCAAGGUCCUGCAGUGUGACAGUGAGGCUGAAUGCGGGGACCUCUACAAGAGAAUCUGCUCUUACCUGGAGGCGUGUGUGUUUUCUCAAGACAUUCAGAGGGCGCAGCGAUUCCUGGUCAACCAGCACAAGAAAAGAAAAAGAGUUAUGAACACGAAUGUCUACAACAUCAUGAUAAGGGUGUUGGCAAAGCACAACAAUUUGAAUCAGAUUGGCCGCAUAUUUAUUAUGUUAGAAGAAGCUAAUCUGAAGCCAAACCUGGGAUCCUACUGUAGUGUCUUGGAGUGUAUGGGACGCAAACCCAACUGCCCCCCAAAUGUUGUCAUAAGGUGCCUGACCCAGAUGGAGGAGGAAGGCUUUUCUCUGGAUGAUGUGUUCAGAAAGGGUGUGUUUCGGCAAGAUGAAAGAGACAUGGUGCUAAAGGCCGUGCAAAUCGUCCAGCCCGACUACCAGACCAGCCUCAAAACAGACACUGAGCAGUGCUCCUCAUCGCUGGUUCAUAACUACUACACACAGCGGUCGGACCACCGGUACCCUAAACUGGACUUCAGUCAGGAGGAGCUUCAGCAGCGUUUUAAAAAACAGCUCACCAUUGAGCAGGACUGCACCAUCACCAUCGACUCUGUGGAGGCCAAAAAGCCCAUCACUGAGCACAUUGCCAAAAUGAGGAAGCUGCUGGCGAAUCAGCGGUUCCUGUGGUACAAGAGCCUCCUCCAGGCCCUGAGGGAGAGUAAAAAGAUCCUGGCUAAGACCAACACUGUGGACUAUAGGCAUAACCUUUAUCCCUACCUCUGUGUGCUAAAGGAUAAAGACUAUGUUGACAUCAUGAUACAGAGUAUUGACGAACUGCCACCAAGUGGAGAGGCGCUGAAGAUUUUAGCCAAAUAUCUGGGCGGCAGGGUCAACACCAAGUACUCCGUGAGGCAGAAGCAACACAAUCAGACGGUGGAAAAAUUGAACAAUAUUUACGACACCUACACGGACCUGGUGGCAAAAGAUGGAAAGGAGUGUGACACCCUUCCCAGAGAGGAGUGGUGUAAGAUAGUGACGGACCAGAAUUCAGGCCCCUCGCUGCAGGGAGGAGAGAGCGAUUUGCCGUUCAUAGUAACCCUGGAGCUGGGCAUGUACAUGGUGGAUUUGAUGGUCAGCAACAUCAAAAUUAAUAGCGACAUCCUGAAUCCCGAUUUCGACAAGAAGCUCAUACCCCUCAUCUACCAUAUGUACACCUUUCGCAGCACACGACAGGUUGGCUUCAUCAAACCUCACCCCAUCCUGUCUCAGAUGCAGCUGGAAGCCAUGGAGACCAAGUUAACCUUUGACUCCUAUGUGAUGCCAAUGCUGUGCCCUCCUGUGCCCUGGAAUUCAGUCAAGUCCGGAGCCUACCUGCUGACACCUAGCCAGCUGAUGCGCACAGGGGAAGGAGCCACGCAGCACGAGGAGUUGCUGGAGCAAUGCCAGAACCUCCAUGCAGUCCUGGACACUCUCAACCAGCUGGGCAACUGUGCAUGGAGGAUCAAUAAGUCUUUGUUGGAUAUUAUUAUCUCCAUCUUUAAUGAUCGUGGUAAUGAUAAGCUAGACAUCCCUCCUCCUUUUUCAGAAGCCCCCAAAAUCCCCCAUUUCAGCCCCCAAGAUCCCAGUAAUACGUCUUCUGAGAAGGCCCAGAUGAAGAGGGAGGUGAGUAGUGCCAGGAAGAAGGGCAGUGAGAUGCACAGCCUGCGAAUGGACGCUCUUUAUAAACUCUCCAUCGCCAACUUCAUGCGGGAUGAGAUCUUCUGGUUCCCUCACAACAUGGACUUCCGUGGACGAACCUACCCCUGUCCCCCGCACUUUAAUCACCUAGGAAGUGAUGUCACACGGGCUGUCCUCGUGUUUGCAGAUGGGAAGCCCCUGGGACCAAAGGGACUUAACUGGAUAAAGAUCCACUUAGUCAAUCUGACAGGACUGAAGAAGAAGAGCUCACUGAAGGGACGGCUGGAGUACGCCAACAGCCUCAUGGAGGACAUCCUGGACUCUGCCGACAACCCUCUCACUGGUAAGAAGUGGUGGAUGAAUGCAGAUGAGCCCUGGCAGGCUCUGGGCUGCUGCAUGGAGAUAGCCAACGCUGUGAGAUCUCCCGACCCAACGCGGUUCAUCUCUAAUUUUCCUGUUCACCAGGACGGUUCCUGUAAUGGUCUCCAGCACUACGCUGCUCUGGGCAGAGAUGUUAUUGGUGCCACAUCAGUCAACCUCAUGCCCUGUGAGCUGCCUCAGGAUGUGUACAGUGGAGUCGCACAGCAGGUGGAGGAGUUUAGAGUGCGGGAUGCAAAGAACGGGGUGAAAAUCGCCAAGCUCCUGGAGGGCGUCAUCAGCAGGAAGGUGGUGAAGCAGACCGUGAUGACCGUGGUGUACGGGGUCACACGCUACGGGGGCCGCCUGCAGAUAGAGAAAAGACUGAAGGAGAUUGAUGAGUUCCCCAAGGAGCAUUUAUGGGAGGCAUCUCGUUACCUGGUGCGAUUGGUGUUCAACGGCUUGCAGGAGAUGUUCACAGGGACCAGAGAGAUCCAGGAAUGGCUGACCCAGAGCGCCAGGCUCAUCUCCAAGGCUGGCCACUCGGUGCAGUGGGUGACUCCCCUGGGAUUACCCGUCAUUCAGCCCUACCACCGCGCACGCCGCCUAGUGUUAAAGAGUCUCCUCCAAAGUGUCUUCCUCUUGAUCAACUAUGACACCAAGCAGAUGCCAGACACAGUUAAACAGAAGAAUGCCUUCCCUCCAAACUUCAUCCACUCUCUGGACUCCACACACAUGAUGCUGACUUCUCUCCACUGCUACAGUGCUGGCCUGGCGUUCGUCUCAGUUCACGACUGUUUUUGGACCCACGCCCUCACAGUGGACACCAUGAACAAGAUCUGUCGGGAACAGUUUGUCGCCCUGCACAGCCAGCCAAUCCUGCAGGAGCUGUCCAACUACCUGGUCCAGAAAUACUGCACUGGGAUCUCGCUUGAAGCCAAGAAGAAGAAGACCCAGGAAUACUUGGAGCUGAGACUGUGUCUGGCCACAGUGCCCCAGACAGGUGACUUCGAUCUGCAGAAGGUGAAAGAAUCCACUUAUUUCUUCAGCUGAGAGGCUCAUGAGGGCGAUCCAGCGGAGGGAGAUGAGUGAAAUCGACAGAGUGCUGCAGGGAGGCUGACGGCCCCCGGGUCUCACCGUCUUUGUCUCCCUCAGACAUCGGGACAUUGAUCCUCGUCCACAGCUAGACGGGAGCUGCUGGAGGCGUUAACACACAGUGAACCUGCCUGAUUAACUGACUAGUGGACUGAUGGAGUGAUGGAUGAGAAGGAGGCAUACUCAUCCAGCCAAAAUGAUGAGAGAAUCAGCACCAGAUGGGAAUGUAAAGACCUCAUUGAGUGAAAUUACCUUUUUAUUAUGGAUGCUAAUACCAUAUUCAGGUAAAUGUGUGUGCGUGUGUGUACAUGAGCCAUACUGAUCUCAUCUCUAUGCAACUAUUAUGCUGCUCUAUUUACUUUACCUCCUAUAAACUGUAAUUGCCAGUGAUGCAGUAUGAGGCGUGUGUUUGUGUUUGUGUUUGUGUGUGUGAUUAUGUGUGUAUGUGUCCUGCUGUGAGGACCUCCGCAGAGCGUGGACUUGCCUCUGGUCUAUCCCACCUCAUCAUCGAUCCCAUCACUUACUGGAUGGCAGGAUGCUCUCUGACACGAUAUUUAGGCGGUUUUAUAAAGUUUGAAGAAGAGGCAUCUGAAAAGGAAAUGAAAGACCAACUGAACCGGGGGAUACCAGACCCUCUGAGAAAUCUGGAGAGAUAAGUCAAAAGGUUCUUGGAUAGCAUUGUGUCACAUGGAACUCUUGAUUCUUCCCUAAUAGGAGUGACUAAGCACCUGACAAUUGCUCUAAAAUAAACAACUUUCUUAAAA